UGCUGUUUUUUUUCUCUAAUUCUAGGAUCAUGGUUACUUGAUUUGCCUGGUUUUCCUAGCUGUUUUUCAUGGUACCGUAUUACGUUAUGUUUUUUGGAUCAAACCAAUCUUACUCUUCUUUUUUACUUUCUUUAUUUCCAUUAGAGAGGUAUUCAUGUUAACUUCACCCUAAAAAUAAGAUCCCGAGUUGUAAGGCACAUUUCCAAACAUCUUCACUAAAAUGUGGCCUCUUAGAACUAACAUAUCCAUGGAAGAGAAAACUCUUGCAUUCAGUAGUGAAAAUAGCUUAAAAAGUAAAGCUUAUUCAUCGAGGUAUUAUUUCAAAAUUACAUGUGUGACGUGAUUUGGUUCCUCAUUUGCAGACCAGAACUUCCCUGUAUCAGCUGAGUCUUAAAACCUAAAAGGAUUUGUUAACCUAGAUCAAUGCAGAAGAGUUUUUUUGCAAGACACAAUUUGUUCUUCUAACAGGAGUUAGAGGUACAGAAGAGAAAGGAGCAAAACAUCUGGCAAUGGUUGUUUACCUUCUUGUGAUUUUUCUCUUUUCCUUUUGUACACGUCUUCAAGCGUCUGAUGGUGGAAUAUUUUUAAUUUAUAAUGACGAUAGCAAGCUCUGUGCCCAAGCUCAAAACAGCAGCUCAGUCAUAACUGCCAUGUGCAAUGAGAAAAAUGAGUUGCAGAGGUUCAGAUGGAUCUCGGCCACACAGCUGCUGAGCAUGGGGAUGAAGCUGUGCUUAGGAGUGCUCACCAUGGAUGACGAGGCUGCCAUCACAUUGGAAACCUGCAACAGGACAAACGAGCUUCAGAGGUGGGAAUGUAAGGAUGAGGCACUUUCAAUCCAAGGCAAGGAUUUGUUUCUCAACUAUGGCAAAGGGAAGGGGAAGAAAAUCAGGUUGUCCAAAGAAUCAGGAAAAGGGAGCCGGUGGAGAAUCCGUGGAACUGCAGGCAGCAUAUGCUCCAGGCCUUAUGAGGAUAUAUAUACACUAGGAGGAAAUAAUUUUGGUGCACCUUGUGUAUUCCCUUUCAAGUUCAAUGGUAAAUGGUUUGCUGACUGCACCCGUCAAACUGAUGCAGGCUUUCUCUGGUGUGCAACUACUUCAGAUUUUGAUAAAGACCAACGUUUUGGAUAUUGUCCAUCAAAAGAUACUCUCCACAAAGACUUUUGGAAAACAAAUCCUUUGACUGAAACCCAUUAUCAGAUAAAUGCAAAGUCACUUUUGACAUGGCAUCAAGCAAGAAGAAGCUGCCAGCAGCAGAAUGCAGAAUUAUUAAGUGUUACAAACCCUCAUGAAGAAAUGUUUUUAUUAGGACUCACUAGUGAUCUGGGAUUCAAUGCCAAGCUCUGGACUGGUCUUGUCAGACGACUUGAUAGCAGCUGGGAAUGGACUGAGGGUAGUCCUCUCAGAUAUCUGAACUGGGCUCCAGGAAAUCCCUCUGUGGAGUUUAUAAAAAUGUGUGGAACCUUCCAAGGCAGGAAUGGCAAAUGGGAAAAUGCGGCAUGUAAUCAAAAGCUGGGGUAUAUCUGCCAAAAGAGAAACUCUUCCAUUGUGGAUGACUCCUUCACUGUUCCCUCAGGAGACACAAAGCCUGUUAAGUGCCCCAGGGAAUGGGUAGCCUAUGCAGGACAUUGCUAUAGAAUUUACAGAACACCCAAAAUAUGGAAACAAGCCCAAUCAUCUUGUAGAAAAGAAGAUGGAGACCUGACAAGUAUUCACAAUGUUGAAGAGUACAGUUUUAUAGUGUCUCAACUUGGGUACAAGCCAGAUGAUGAGCUGUGGAUUGGUUUAAGUGACUUCAGGUUUCAGAUGUAUUUUGAAUGGAGUGAUGGGACACCUGUGAUAUACACCAAGUGGCAUCAAAGACAGCCGACCCACACACCUAAUAAGGCAGACUGCAUUGUUAUGAAUGGAGAGGCUGGGUUCUGGACUGACAGUGCUUGUGAAACAAAACUUGGUUACAUCUGUAAAAGAAAACCCUUGGCAGAGGAAUCAGAGGAAGCUGAAGUUACUUACCCGGGCUGCCAGAAAGGCUGGAUGAAGCAUGGCUUUUACUGCUAUUCCAUAGGGCAGCUACCAGCAACAUUUUCAGAAGCAAAACUUAUCUGUGAAGAAAAUAAAGCUCACCUGGCUACUGUGACAGACAGAUAUGAACAGGCUUUUUUAACUUCUAUAAUUGGAUUCAAGCCAGUGAAAUAUUUCUGGAUUGGACUCUCAGACGUGGAGGAGCAGGGGACAUUCAGGUGGACUGGUGGGGACCCGGUCGUCUUCACUCACUGGAACAUGGGAAUGCCAGGAAGGGAGCCAGGCUGUGUGGCCAUGAGAACAGGAACUUCAGCUGGAUUAUGGGAUAUUCUCAAUUGUGAAGAAAAAAACCUGUUUCUGUGCAAGCAGCUGGUGGAGGGAGCGACCCCACCACCCCCUCUGACGACUCCUCCGCUCCCGUCCUGCCCAGAUGAGUGGCAAUCCAUUCCUCAGAGCAGCUUCUGCUUCAAAAUUUUUCAGAGAGGAAGGGAGAAAAUGCAAACAUGGUUUGGUGCAAGAGAUUUUUGCAGAGCUAUUGGAGGAGAUCUGGCAUGUGUCCACAGUGAAGAAGAGCAAAAACUAAUAUCUAGUUUAAAUAAAGACUAUCGUCACUUAUCUUACUGGAUGGGUUUAAAUGCCUUGGACUCUGAUGGAGGAUUUACAUGGUGUGAUGGCUCACCAGUAAAUUUUCAAAAAUGGGCAAAUGGAGAACCAAACAAUUAUGAUGGAAAUGAAAAAUGUGGAGUGUUUUAUGGCUAUAAUGAUAUGAAAUGGAAUGAUAUAUUUUGUGAACAUAUGCAAGACUAUGUUUGUCAAAUAAAAAAAGGAGCAUCACUGAAACCAGAACCUACAUCCACAUUUGAUUAUGAAUAUGUUGUUAGUGAAGAUGACUGGAUAAUAUAUAAUCAUAAGGAAUAUUACUUUAGCAAGGAAGCGAUGCCUAUGGAAAAAGCGAGAGACUACUGCAAGAAAAAUGGUGGUGAUCUUGCCAUUAUUGACAGCGAAAGUGAAAGAACGUUCCUUUGGAAAUAUACUUUUUAUAAAGAUCGAGGAAAUAAUUUUUUUAUUGGCUUAACUGUGAGCCUUGACAAGACGUUCCGGUGGGUUGAUGGAACUACUGUAAACUAUGUUGCCUGGGCCCCAAAUGAACCCAACUUUGCAAAUAAUGAUGAAAACUGUGUGGUCAUGUAUACCCAAACAGGUACAUGGAAUGACCUCAACUGUGGCAGUGUUGAGCUUUUCAUCUGUGAAAGGCUUAACAGUACUGUUCGUCCAAGUAUUGCUCCCACGGUACCACCACCCAAGGGUGGGUGUCCAGAAGACUGGCUCCUCUUUGAUAAUAAGUGUUUCAAAGCAUUUGGCCUUAAUGAAAAUUACACACUGACAUGGCAUGCUGCACGGAACAGUUGUAUUACUCUUGGAGGAAACUUGGCUACUAUCUCAAAAAAGGAAAAUCAAGCUUUCCUCAUGUCUCUCUUAAAAAAUACUGCAACCGAUGCCUGGAUUGGACUGAAUGACAUAAACCAUGAGCAUACAUACUUAUGGACAGAUGGAAGUCCAGUUUACUACACAAAUUGGGCAAAAGGUUCCCGAAGUUACUAUAGUAAGGAUGACUGUGUCUAUAUGAAGAAGAACCCUAUUGAACAAGCAGGGAAAUGGAAAGAUGAAGACUGUAAAGCAAGCAAAAGCUACAUAUGCCAGAAAAAUACUGACCCCACAUUGCAAAGUUCCCAAGCCGUGGUUCCAAUGUUUGGCUUUAACAACUAUGGUGAUGACCGCUAUGCAGUCAUCAACUAUAAAAUGAACUGGGAAGAAGCACAGAAGAAUUGCAAAGACCAAUAUGCAGAUCUUGCCAGUAUUUUAGAUCCUUAUGUUGAAGCUUACCUGUGGUUACAGAUACUAAAGCAUGGAGAGCCCGUAUGGAUUGGUCUUAACAGCAAUAUGACUCGUGGCGUUUACAUGUGGUCAGAUAGAAGGAGGAGCAGAUAUCAUAACUGGGCCAGUGGAGAACCAAAUAAGAAUGCAGCCUGUGCCUAUUUGGAUUUGGAUGGUUUCUGGAAGACAACAUCUUGCAAUGAAACGUUUUUAUCUCUCUGUAAACAAUCUGAUGAGUUAAUUCCUACGGAAUCGCCACAGCUUCCUGGAAAGUGUCCUGAACCAAAGAAUGGUAGAUCUUGGAUUCCCUUUCGUGGCCAUUGCUACUAUGUUCACACCACUUCUGAAGUAAGCUGGCCUGAUGCUUCUAUGAUGUGUAUUCAGAUGGGUGCUUCUCUGGUUUCCAUAGAAGAUCCAGCUGAAAUGAACUUCCUCUUACUUUACUUGUCUCCACUUGCAAGUGAUGUCAGAAAAUUUUGGAUAGGAUUGUUCAAAAAUAUUGAAGGGGAAUGGAUGUGGACAGACAGAAGUGUGGUAGAAUUUGUCAACUGGGAGAAAGGAGAGCCGACAAUGAUUUAUGAUGAACACUGUGUGGACAUGGAUAUCUCAAGCGGAUCCUGGAGGAACUAUUACUGCUCUGUUGACCGCAAUUUCAUUUGUAAAAUCCCAAAGAUUAUUGAAGUUGAACCAACUCAUGAUUCAUCUGUCAAUCAAGCAUCAAAAAGAGAAGCUGCUGUUUCAUCCUCACAUAGUCGAGGUGUGAUGAUUGUUACGCUAAUCUUCCUUCUGCUAGCAGGAACUGGCCUCAUAGUAUAUUUUUUCUACAAGAAGAGACGUGAGCAGACAACUGUUACAGCCAGUUUUGGUAAUGCCAUAUACUGUGGUAGUCCUGAUCCUGGAACUCAUGAAUCAAAAUGUCUUGUGACCAAUAUUGAAGAAAAUGAAUAGGCAGUGGUUUAAUAAAUAGGGUAAACUUGGGCCUGAUUGGAAAGGAACUGAAGUACUGGAAUACCAGAAUUCUGAAGUAAAACUGAUUUUCUCCUAUGGAAAUUAUUGUUCAUUUUGCACAGGAUACUUCUUGCUUGUACUAGCAGGAACAAGCAAUCUUGCAACACUCUAAAUCUGUUCACAAACAAGUAGUUCUUGGGAGGACUGUUGAACAUACAUAAAACCUUGGAGCUACACUGUGUAAAGGAACACUCAAGAUGUUCCAGUUGAUGCAUGGGUCCUGCAUUGCCCUUAGAUACCAGGAUAACAUCACAGGAAACAGUGAGAGUAAGUGCCUGAGCAUUCUCCAAAAAGUACAUCGAGAUCUGUAGGAAUCCUGGAGAUGCCACUUCUGAUCUCCAGCACAGACUGACAGAAUUGUAUAGAUCGGGUGUCAGCUCCAAGAUCGCUUGGUACACACUCAUGCUUGAGCAGGACCAGCUCCCUGCCCCAACCAGGUACCCUGCUCCAAUGUUUAUACAUGCUUCUUGGUAAAGAUUGCUUUCUUUGUAUCACAUUUGAACGUUCCUUGUCUUCCCACUUUUGUAUAGCAGAAGUCUGCAUACCUUUGUCAAGACUUUGGCUGCAUAUUUUGUAUAAGGACCCAUUUAGCUAACUGAAUAUAACAGUCAGGUUUCUCAUUAGCCUAUUCUCCUCUUUGCUCUGAGACUCAUCAUAUAUCACGUCCCCCAUUCCUCUCAGUGGCCCUUGGCUGGUCUUCUCUAUCCAGCUCCAGCACAUACUGAUUCAUGGAGUCAGACCAUCUCAGACAAAGCCUGGUCUUUGAAUCAUUGACUGUUACCCUUUCAGCCCCCUACUCCAAGCAAUUUUUCACCAACCUCGCAAUACGUGCACUAUAGAAUGAGAGAGGAUUUUCAAAGUCCUGCUAAAAUCAAGGUAAAUCACAUUCAUUUUUCUCCCCUUCUUUGGGGUUUGUGAGCCAAUUAUCUUUUCAUAUGAAGUAAUCAGUUUGGCCAGGCACAAUUCACCCGUUGUAAAUGUGUUCUGACUGCUGCUUCUUUUUCUUGACUUAUUUUGUUUCUGGAAAUGGCUUCCAAGAGAAUUGUUCCAUAGCCCUCCUAAGGACAGAGGUCACCUCCUCCAGUCACUGUGCCCUGUCAGAGGUGAUAGUGUAGACUCUCAGUGACCACAGCCAGUUCCCUCAAUAUCCUCAGAUAUAACCUUCCAGGUCUCACGGACUUCUAUAUAUGCAGCUAACAUUAGUCCCUAACUCAAUCCUUCUGUGCCAUGCAAAGCACUUUCCUCCACUAGCAUCUGCUGCUAGCUAUUCAAGACCUGUAGAGUGUGUGAGGGGUGAUUGGUGCAUUGAAUACCUCAGUCAUGAACUUUGUAGGACUCCUCCUUCAUCUGUGGAAUCAUGUCGUCUUUUUUCUGCUGAAGUAUCUGCAGAAACCCUUUGUGUUGCCCUCCAUUUUCCUGGCUAGUCUCAACCCCAGCUGAGCUUUCACUUUCCUUGUCCUGUCUUGGUGUGCCCAGGACAUGUCCCUGUUCGCAUGCUGAGCAGCUUGUGCCUUUUUCACCUUCCAUACACUAUCCUUUGAUUUUCAUCUCAAUCAGAAAUCUUCUAUAAAGACAGGCUUGCUUGCUUUCCCUGCCUACUUUGUGCCUUGCACAUUGGGACAGGCUGUUCUUGAGAUUUAAGGAGGUUUUUCUUGAAGAUGCAAAAGCUAUUCUGGGAUCCUUGGCAUUUCAAUUACCACAUCUGGACUUGAUUUUCCUUUGAGUCACCAUUGUGUAAAUUCAGGUCAGAAACCUCCAAAAUGCAGCUAUUACAUAUUCUCACAGUGGGAUUUGUACAGCACAUAUCCGUAAUACAGGAGUGAUACAAUACUUCAGGGUAUUUCCUCACAAAAGUGUUAUUUAAUCUUAUUUUACUGGUCAUUUGUAAAAUGUCAGUCUUUUUUUAAUUAACACAUUUUCAUUUUCAUAUGACUAAUAUGAGGAUUGAAAGGUCAGCUAAGUAUGAAUAUAUUGUGAAUAGAAACAUUUUCUCUUUUAAAUAACAUAAUAGGAAUUUCAAAAGUUUCCAUGAAAGGAGAACAGACAGGAUGCAUUAUACUAAAUUUAUAGAUGACAAAAUUAUUUAAGAUUUCUCAUUAAAAUAGCCAAUACCAGUGAAGAUUUCAUAUCUUUUUAGGCCAUUUCUUCAAAGUCUGAAGCUUGUUAUUAGGAAGGCUUUCAUAAUUUCAAACCAAAUUCUCCCUCUCAAAGUCUUUCAAUUCUGGGAGAUUUGUUCAAGACUUCCUGACCAAGCCUACAUUUCGUAGAAGUGUACUGUCUGCUUUCAGAGAGUCUAAAAAUAUACAAUAUUCCCAUAUAGGUGUUUUUUUUUUUUUUUUAACUUUUCCCAUGGAUCUUAUGCUAAAUGUAAACAAUCAAAUGACCUGAAGCUCUUAGUUUCAAGAAGGUCUUUAUUUAAUGGUUGGUUUUUUUUUUUUUUUUUUGAUAUUUUAAUCUUUUGACUGACUUUAAUCAUGUUUAAGUUAAAAUAUUUUAGUUGUACAUGAAAUAUAUGUAAAUAUUUUUGUUCUACUUUGAUUCACUAAAUAAUCAUUAAAAAGCUGGUUGUAAGUAAAAGUUUGUGUCGUCUUAAAUAGAGCAAUCUAUCAUAAAAGUUUAAGUAACAGAAAAAAGGAGCAGGAUUCUUGUAGUUCUACUGAAAUAAGCAUCUAAUUUUCCCAGUCUAACAUGUUCUUAAACUCCAGUAGUGAUUUGUCUCUACCAUCCCAUGAAACAGUAUGUCUCAUUAUUCUUUAUUCCUGAAAGUUUACCCUAAUAAAUAUCUGAUAUUCUUGUAAUUUAAGACUAUUCACUUAGUGUAUUGCCCUAACAGUUUCUGAAUAAGUUUCUUACAUAUUUGAUAGCUCUUAUCAUGUCUCCUCUCCAUACUUUUUGAUAUUAACACCUGUUUUUCCUUUCUGACUUCACUGGCUAUGUCUUCCUCAUCUUCAGUUCUUUUGAUAUUUCUACCUAGAGAAAUGGUUACCAGAAAUCAAUAAUCCAAAACCAGGAAAUAUAUCUAAUGAGAAAUUAGAUUGUGACAAUUUACAAAGGUUGAUAACCUUUAUAAACUAAUAGUCCUGUUGCAUUUGUAAGAACUGAUAAACACAUGACACCAAGAGUAUGCUGUGACUGUAGAAGGCCACUAGUGCACACAGGAACCAGCAGUGGAUUGUAAAACAUGGACCACACCCAAGACAGCAGUGAGUGGUACCUGAUAAUGAAGACUGUAAUCUUCUAAAGGAUGUUCCAGGCACUCUCUGAGAAGCUCCAGUAUGGCUUCUGAAGCUGAGGAUAUGGUUGGGAUUGGUUGCCAAAUUUCACUUCAACCAUGUAGCUGUGAGGGACCAACUGUAAGUGAGUUGCUUAAAUGAAGGAGUGAAUAUGUUGUGUCACCAGUAAUCUGCUAUUCGUAACAUCAUGGUGAAAAAUAAAUCAAACUUAUUCUAAGAAAUGCUGGUUAUGAUCUGCGUUUCCUCCCAGAUUUAUUCUGUGUCAGUGAAAUGAACUUUACAAGAGAUUUUGGUCUAUAAAUUCAGUUAGAACUGAUGCCUUCAGGCCAGAUUCCAGUGGGCAAGAGCCAGAAUUUCUGUGGUCAACAGGAAAGGUUUGAACUGCUCCAUAAACAUGAAGUUGUCCUGAUGUCACUGAAUCUGGACACAGGAAAAGCUAAAGUCCUGUUGUCUCUCCUUUGUUGUGUCCUUAUCUGACAAGCUUUCUCUUGUGGAGAAGCCUCUGGGGUGAUGGAAGGAAAAAAUCUCCCAUAAAGAGGUAUAGAAAAAACUGCUUGCAACCCAAGAACAUGCUGUGAGAAAGCUUAAAGGUAGUCAGUUUCUCUGCAGAUACCAUGGAUAGUGAAGAGAUUUGUUUGUAGGCAACCUAGUAGAGAAUGAAGCAAACCCUUUGGUGUCCUGUUACAUGCUUGAUUUGAGGAAAAGGUGUCAGUAAAUCCACCUGCUGGAUCUGGCCAGUUUGGGAUCUACCUGCUGGGUGUGGAGAAAGCAUGACAAACAAGGAAGAAAGAGGGUAUAUUGGGUGUAUGAUUCCUGUGAUCAGAGGAGAGAACAGGGGAGAAGAAUCAGCCGCAAAGAGGCAAGUGGAAUAAUAAUGAGAAUUGAUUGCACAUCUCCCAUCCUCCCAAAGAUGUCUCCUGCACCCCAUCUUGCAAGAAAAUUGCUUUUUAUUUCCAGGCAGUGGGAACAGCUGCCUUUUCUCCUGGCGAUGCUACAACAUGUGAUGGUGAUGGUUGUUAGCUUCCUGUCUGAAAACAAGUGUCUGAUAAUGGCACAGUAUUAUGUGUACUGUGACUUAAUGUUGCACUUAAAAACAAGCAACAUUUAGGAUCUAUUCAGAGUGAAAUCUGUUUACAACAAAUUUUUAAUAGGAAAUGGGAAAACAGAAAUAUGCAAUCUCCAUACGUUGCAAAAAU